AUGUUAUUUUCGGGCCUUACAUCAGUAAAGUGUGCCUUUUGGAAGCAGAAAUCUGGUAUAAAAUGGUUGAAGGAAGGUGAUGCUAAUACGGCAUUUUUCCAUGCUAUAGUGAAACAAAGACGGAAUAAAAAUUUUAUUGCGAGAAUCAAGGAGAAAUCUGGGACUUGGUUGGAGUCUGCUGAGUUGAUUAAAGAUUCUACAAUUGACUUUUAUAGCAAGCAUUUUUCUUCGAACGGCUAUAGGGGACCUUUUAGCAUGCCAUUUGAGGUCCCUCCAAUAGGGGAGGUCGACAAUAAUAUGAUAAAGGAGUUGCCUGCAUUGAAGAAGGUGCGAGAAAUUAUUUUUGAAAUGAAUGCAGAAAGCGCUCCAGGUCCAGAUGGCUUUGGAGUAGGAUUCUAUCAGUCAUGUUGGGAGGUAAUUAAGGAGAAUCUGUUGAGCGCUAUACAGGACUUCUUUAAGGGCACAGAGCAACCUAAAGGCUAG